CCGUGCGUGGGGGGAGAGAGGGCGCGACAGCAGAUGGUGUCGUGGGUACGGGAGGCGGAAAAGCCCAUGCCGCUUCCGCCGGCGACGCGUCGGCGACGCGUCGGCGCGCUCCCGCUUUGGGCAGCCACGUCCGCUAAUCCCCGUGCUAAGUCCUUCUAUCUCCUUUGUCCACGGCAGCAACGGCCGCGGUGCCCCGCAAUGCUACUCCGGCUCCUCUCAACAGCUGCUGCUAUAAAACACGGCUCCGAUUCUCCGCUGGUUCGGCUUGUUCCAAAUUAACGGGUGUUGCAAUUCAAGAGACACAACACCAGAACUAACCAAAUAGCUUUCUCCAACCCCCCAAACAAUGGCUUCUCUUCCUCCCCAAGCAUGCUGCGCCAAGGUCGUCUUUCAAGACGGCACCCCUAAGGGCCAGAUCCAGAAGGUCUGCGACCUGGACUGUUACGUCACGGAAAACUAUUCUGAAAGCGCCAAAAAGUUCCUCUUUGUGUUUACGGACGUCUUUGGGCUCGAGUUGGUCAACACUAAGCUCGUGGCCGAUAGAUUCGCCGCAUGUCUGGGCUACCCGGUCAUCAUCAUGGACAUCCUUCACGGCGACCCAUUCAAGACAGACGGCUCGAUGACGUUCGAGACCUGGGGACCAGACCACAGUCCGGAAAUCACUAAUGCCAUCACGAAGAAGUUUUUCGACGCCUUCAAGACCAAGUUCCCAGACACAACCUACUUGGCCGGUAUCGGCUACUGCUUUGGCGCCAAGUUCUUGGCCCCAUUUCUCACUGCCGAGGGGUUGUUGGACGUUGGGGCCUUUGCACACCCAUCGUUUGUCAGCGACGAGGAGCUCGACGCCAUCACCAAGCCGUUGGUACUCUCCUGCGCAGAAGAGGACACCGUUUUCCCAAGAGAGUUGAGAAUCAAGUCGGAGGAGAUUCUCCAGAAGAACAAGGUCUACUACCAGUUCGACCUCUUCUCCCACGUGUCCCACGGUUUUACCGUCAGAGGCGACCUCUCCGUACCGGCAGUCAAGUACGCAGCAGAAAAGGCGUUCACUGACCAGGUCUUGUGGUUCCAGUUCCACGACAAGACCCCUGCCUGCUGUGCAAAGAAAUGAGGCUGACGUGGAAUUGUGUCGAAGGCUUUCACUAAAAUGCUCACCCUGCUCCAAGCAGCAAAGCUUUAUAGAAUGACUCGAUCCUCGACACCUACAGCGUGUCGACGCCGGGUUCUUAUAUAGCUCUAGAUACACUCUACAUCGUAUUACCAGUACCUUGCUUACACGUGGAUUUCAUUUCCUCACAAAACUCCCUCGACGCGCCUCUGCAUCACUAAACGCUUCUCAGCUCGUAUCUGUUUAUUCACUCUUUGACAAACUU